UAGUGAAAACACUGCUGGUUACUGCUGAGAGUAGAAAUUGUACUGUCAGCGACAGGGACAUAUUUAAUCCUAGCCCAAUAAAACAAAAGCCACGAGAGACAACAAAAUGGAUCACUCCGUUAAAGAAAAGGAAGCCAUGGCCCUUAUCGCCGAGGCGGAUAAAAAGAUUAAAUCACAUUCAGUUCUUGGGAGUCUUUUUGGAGGUCCGACCCGUAAAUACGAAGAAGCAUGUGAAAUGUAUGUGAGAGCAGCGAACAUGUUCAAAAUGGCAAAAAACUGGGGUGCCGCUGGUAAUGCAUUCUGUCAAGCAGCAAGACUUAACUUGCAGAUGGAAAAUAAACUGGAUGCUGCUAUUAAUUUCAUUGAUGCAGGGAAUGCCUUCAAAAAAGCAGACCCACAAGAGGCCAUCACCUGCCUGGGUAAUGCCGUUGACAUAUACUCUGACAUGGGUCGUUUCACCAUUGCAGCUAAACACCAUAUCUCCAUCGCUGAGGUCUAUGAGACGGAACUUUUAGAUAUUGAAAAGGCUAUUGCUCACUAUGAGCAGGCAUCAGAUUACUACAAAGGCGAGGAGUCUAACAGUGCUGCAAACAAGUGCCUUCUCAAAGUAGCCACCUACGCCGCUCAACUGGAACAAUACCAGAAAGCCAUUGAGAUUUACGAGCAGAUUGGAACAUACGCGAUGGAUAGCACCCUGUUGAAAUACGGCGCAAAAGACUAUUUCUUUAAAGCAGCACUGUGUCAUUUCUGUGUGGACAUGCUGAACGCAAAGCUGUCGGUUCAGAGGUAUGAGGAGAUGUUUCCUGCCUUCUCAGACUCUCGAGAAUGCAAACUGGUUAAGAAACUUCUAGAUGCAUUUGAGGAACAAGAUGUGGAUGCGUUCACGGAUGCUGUGAAGGACUUUGACUCAAUCUUCAGACUGGAUCAGUGGAAUACCACUAUGCUACUGAGAAUCAAGAAAACCAUACAGGAUGAUGAGAGUGACCUGCGUUAACCUUUGCUUAGCCUAAAAGAAGUUGAGAAAUAUAUAAAAAAAAAAAGAUAACUCCUUUAACUCAAACCUGAAAUCAAUCUGUCCUUUUACAAUCCUCAAUGACCCGUCUUACUUUCCAUUCCUCUCAGGUUUUUCCACAACCUUUGUUUCUGAUCUAUUCAUCCCUUUAGAGCUUUGCGUGGAUAUUUGUGCACUUUUUUUAAAUUUGUACUUAAUUUGUUCCUUGUUUUUUGGUUGGACAAAUGUUAUUUAUUUUUGUUGACUAUGGUUUGAUCAACCUUUCAUGUUAUUUCCUUACUGUAUGUGAUUGCGAGUCAAGCAAUAUGGGCUGUGGCCCACACCCCAAAGAAUACCUUUAAUAACAAAUAGUCAAUAGAAAUGAGAUCAUUGGAAACUACUGGUGAUAUGUUGAUACUGUCGUAUGUGUUACAGUAUGUAUUUAUGUUCCACUAUCGAAGACUUCUGUUUUAGAGCAUUCCACCGUAAAGCAUAAGUUAUUGCUUAACCUAAAUUGUCCUUGUUUAAAAUGUAUUUGUUCAUGUUCAGUGUCAGUUCUAGCUAUUGGGAGAUGUAUCCUCUGUUUGGAAAUGCAUCUUACAUGACUGACCUGCCGGCAGCCAUUCCACAUUAUCGUCAUUAUUUAAUAUGUUUUUAUUGAUGUAACACGUGUAUUAUAAUAAUUGUAAUUAUCUGUUUGAUUCUUGCACUGGGAUAUUUUGUUGAUGGGCAUGACUGGAAUAUACUUUAUUUUUGAUCUUUUAUUAUUUAUAAGCAUGCAUCCUAUUUAUUGUUGUACAACUACCUUAAAUGCAUCGCAAAUAAAACUUGACCAGA